AUGGCGCAGAAGUUUGACGACCGUGAAGUACGCGUGAUGCAAAGCAAAGUGUAUACCAAGGACAAAGUGUUUGCCAUCUCUGGCCAUAAAGUGUUUGCCAUCUCUGGCCAUAAAGUGUUUGCCAUCUCUGGCCAUAAAGUGUUUGCCAUCUCUGGCCAUAAAGUGUUUGCCAUCUCUGGCCAUAAAGUGUUUGCCAUCUCUCCCAUAGAGUGUUUGCCAUCUCUCCCAUAG